AUGGUUUUUUCAUUUUCACCUUCCGUCAACCAUCAUGCAGGCAUUGGCAUAAUUCUUCAUUCUAGUUUAGCCAUGUAUGUAAUUAGAAAACAGUUUUAUAAAGACUGGUUGUUAUCCUUUUUUCUUCAGCUACCUGGUCGACAAGAUAUUUUCAUUAUUGGCAAUAAUAAAUCAAUCUCUGAAUGUCACUCCACUCUUGUCUCCUGUAUUACUGCAGCGUGCUCUGCUGGUGCUCACGUUUUACUAGGCGGUGACCUGAAUGCUGAAUUUGACUGUUACCUUAAAAACCUUUCUAAUCCGACUAUUUCAUCUUCUACUCAUCCUUUGUUUCGCUAUUUACAUUUGCACCAAUUUGAAGAUUUGUGUGCUUUUGAUUCCUUAUCCCCCUACUUACAUUUAGAUCUUCGAGUUCUAAACAUCUAUCUCGUCUGA